AUGGCAUCCUUUAAAGUGUCCAAGAUUUUCGUCAUUGGCGGAACGGGCGCUCAAGGCAUACCUGUUGUUCAAGAACUCGUUAGAGACGGACGGUAUCAAGUUCGCGUCAUGACCCGAGAUCCAACUAGUCGGCGGGCAAAGGAAUUGGCAGCUUUUCCUGGCGUAGAGCUAUUCAAAGGAACGUUUGCCAGCGAAGAAGACCUAACGAAGGGCUUUACUGGCUGUGACGGUGCUUUCGUGAACAUUGAUGGUUUCAAUUGUGGCGAGAAGGCCGAGAUGUUCUGGGGCAUACGAGCCUAUGAGAUAGCAAUCUCUAUUGGCUUGAAGUUCUAUGUGUGGGGUAAUCUUGACUACGGAUUAAAGAAGGGUAACUGGGAUCCACAAUUUCGAUGUGGGCACUAUGAUGGAAAAGGACGAGUGGGUGAGUGGAUCUUACAACAUCCGACUCCUCAUAUGGGGGUAGCUCUCUUCACCACAGGACCAUAUAUCGAUAUGGCGCUUUCUCCUCUGACGAUAAUGAGCCCUCGCAUCAUUGAUGGGGUGGUCACAUGGUCGGUCCCAUUAGGGGAUGGUGAAAUCGCUCAUGUAGCCCUCUCCGACUGUGGCAUAUACGUGCGCUGGCUGUUUGACAACACUGAUAGGGCCAAUGGCCUAGAUCUUGAGGUGGCGAUCUCCCACAUGUCCUAUUCUGACAUAGCUGCCGCCUUCACCAAGGUGACAGGGAGACCCGCACGGUAUAUCGAUGUUCCGUUUUCAGAAUAUUUCGAGGGAUUUAGCGGACGUGAAUCGGUUUUGGAUGUGCUGAAAAUUCCCCAUAUGAGUUUGAUGUCCAAAUUGCGAUUUGGGCUCGGUUUCUCUACCAAACGGCCGUCCUCUUACAAUGCCGACCCAGCUGAUCCUGCUACGCUGACUUUUGAAAAGAAUUUCACGGGUUUCUGGAACUUAUGGAGAGCGAGCAAAGGGAACAAGGGGGUCAUGCAGAGAAAUUAUGAGCUGCUUGACGAGAUCCACCCAAAUCGAAUUAAAAGUGCUGAAGAAUGGUUCAGGAAAGAGGCGCAGAAAGGUGAUUUAUGGGAGCGUGUGAAUAACAUGGCCCCAAUUCUGAAGUGGAGUGAGGAUGGUGCGCAAGGUCGUCUAUGA